AUGGGGGAUACUCGGGUGCCGGAUAAGCAUACCAGCCAUCAAUCAGAGACCUCCACCUUUGGCCGUGGAGAGGCAACUGCCAAACCCUUUUCUCAAGCGAGGGUAUCCAUAGUUCAUCGGGGAAACCCUAGGGUACUUAUAGGCAUGCCGAAGGAGCAUCUGUUCGGCGUAGAUGACUAUACGGGAGCUAGUUAA